AUGGGAGGAAAUGGAAUUAUGGGAAAACGCCACGGGGAUGGGAUAAGUGAUGAGAGAACUUCGUUGCUUGGGCACAGUGAGAGAAGAGAUCGGGCUGAUGGAGAUGGAGAUACAUUGACAGGCGGGCAAAGUGGGAGAGACGAUGCUAUCAGCAAUGAUGAAGAAGAUAAUGAGGAUAAAGCAAAUCAACAGGUUGGGAAGUUGAGAGCUAUAUUGAUCAGUAUCAGUGUAUUUGGAUUGGUAUUUCUUCAAGCCUCAAACAUGUCCGGAAUAUCAACCACACAGUCCAAAAUAGCAGAAGAUCUCAAUUCAUUUGCCGAAGCAAGUUGGUUUACAUCCACCUACCUCAUCGCCCUGUCAUCCAUGUCCCCCGUAGCCGCUCGUCUAGCCCAGAUUUUCUCCCCGAGAAAUUGUAUCUUAACCGCCGCACUCCUCUUUUCAAUCGGGGGCAUCGUCACCUCACAAGCUUCAGAUCUCAAGACCUUCCUCGUCGGAAGAGCCAUAAGUGGAAUUGGUGGUGCGGGUAUCAUGACAAUUAGUUUCAUCUUGAUCUUAGAACUCACCACCAAAAAACGAAGGGGUAUUUUCAUCGGACUUGCAAAUUCCGGAUUCACCGUGGGUGUAUCUCUCGGUGCAGUUGUCUGGGGAGCUUUAUUGCCCGUUGUAGGCUGGAGAGCUCUAUUCUUAUUUCAAUCACCUCUUGCUAUCCUUUCGGGAAUAGGCAUUUAUUUCAGUAUCCCUAAGAGUUUUACAUCUGGACAGAAAAGUAUUGAUGGUGCAUCGAUUACUUCCAAACUUGCCAAGAUUGAUUACCUCGGAUCGCUUCUUCUCGUAACAACCAUAAUACUCUUCCUCUACGGCCUCUCUUCCCCCCAAAUCGAAUGGCUACCCAUUCUCUGCUCUCUCCUCACCCUCAUCCUCUUCCUCUACAUCGAGCUCAAAAUCGCCACCGACCCCAUCAUACCCAUUGCCGUCUUGAAAUCGCGCGGCGCUCUCCUCUCCUGCAUUUCUCAACUGGGAACCAUGGCUGCGCGAUGGACCAUCCUAUUCUACACCCCCGUCUACGCCAUUUCUAUCCGCGGUUGGUCGCCCGCUUCUGCAGGUUCUAUUCUCAUCCCUACCAACCUGGGGUUUGCCCUGGGCGGCAUCGCAGCUGGUGCAUUCCAUAUCAAACGAGCAGGGAGUUUCUGGCUACCCUCUCUCCUCACCCUCCUCCUCUUCUCCACCACCCUCCUCUUCUUCUCCUUCCUCUCCACUCCUCAUACCCCAACCCCUCUCUACCUCCUCCUCGCCCUCCUCAACGGCCUCACCAUCGGCUCCGCCCUCAACUACACUCUCGCGCAUCUCCUGCAUCUCACUCCCCCCUCUACCCAUUUCAUCUCCACCUCGCUCCUAACCACUUUCCGUGGUUUCGCCGGCUCUUUCGGCUCCGCUAUUGGUGGUGGCGCAUUUAUCCGCGUCUUACAAUCUCAAUUACGCGAAGGGUUUUCACGGAAUGGGGGCUUAGAAGGUAGAGAAGAUUUGGUGAGGAAAUUACUUGGCAGUCCGGCGCUCGUGGGAAAAUUAAAUGGGGUGGAGAGGGAAGUCGUGGUCAGGGCUUAUGAGGAGGGCUUUCGCGUUUUGUGGUUGGGGGCUGCCGUGUGUGCGUUUUUGAUGGUGGGCGUGCAGGCUAUGACCGGUUGGGAGGCUCCUGAAGGGGAUACUAAAGGGGAGGAUAGAUUGGAGGUUGGGAAUGGAUUGGGAGUUGAGAAUGAAUUGUGGGAAGAGGGAAUGGAGGAGGGUGUUUAG